AAUCUGAAUCUGGAUUCUACUUUCAGUCUCGCCUCUCUCGCGCGCCGUGAUCUUCGGCUCCGCUUCGGCUCUGCUUCGGGUUCGGGUCUCCUUCGGCUGUCUGUUUGUUUACAUUGCUUACAAGUGGAAGCAGACGACGGACUGGCAUGGAAUGUUUCCUUGCAGUGUUGUUCCCGGUAUCGUUCCUGCCGUGAAAUGUUGAAGUCUGUGACUUUGUCGGUGAAGUGUCCUCUACAUUCGGACUCAUGUUGGCCUGAGUCGAUACCGCUUGCCGCCAUGGCCUAAAACCGAAAGCUUUGUCCAGAUCCUGGGCUCUGCACUCUACCCUGGCUCACCACAAUGACUUCUUGCUUGUUUUCCUUCACCGCGGGUGAAGAAACUUUGGAUGAACUAUUUAGUAAAUCUUUGCACCUUCAUCAAGACAGAAUAGCGGUCAUAGAAAACAAUGGACUAACUAAAUGCAGUUUGACGUACAAGGAGUUGUGGGAUGCCAGUUGUAUUGUAUCCGAAGCCAUCGCCAACUUUUUAAAAAGCUCUAGUCAACGACCAUCUCAGUUUGUUGCUGUAUGCAUGGACCAGUGUCUUAUUUACCCUGCAGUAUUAUUAGGCAUUCUUAACCAGGGCUUUGGUUUCGCUUGUUGCGAUCCUUCCUGGACAUCUGAAAAACAGAUUCAAUAUCUUGGCAAGCUUGGAACUUCGUUGCUAGUCCAUAAAAGUGAGGAGCGCUUCAGUAGUUCAGGAAAUCAACAAUGCCGAGUCCAAGUACGAGACACUUUUAUGUAUUUUGAAAGAUUAAAUUCUGGUAAUGACUCAAGAAAAUGCCCGCACCAAAUGGCAUAUGCAGUUCUCACAUCAGGAAGUACGGGUCAGCCUAAAAUCGUUCGAGUACCCCAUUCUAGUAUAGUUCCAAAUAUUAUGGACAUCAUGGAUAUGUGCAAUGUUACAUCUACAGAUCUUGUCUUCCUUUCUUCACCUUCGACGUUUGAUCCCAGUGUAGUUGAUGUUUUUGUGGCAUUUGCUGCUGGCGCAUCAUUGCUAGUCACAUCAAAGUCCAUAAAAGCCUCUGCGGGACGCCUCCUUGAAAUUUUAUUUCCAUGUGAUGCAUCACAAGGUGUUUCUGUCUUACAAAUGACUCCCUCAGUCUUCAAUCGAUGGUCAGAAAAAGAAUUACAAGAAGUUGUUUUAUCCUCAAAAUCUUCUUUAAGAGUUCUUUUAUUUGGAGGUGAACCAUUCCCAUCAGAAUCAAAGCUUACUCGAUGCAAAGGUAUUGGGAAUAAUACUCACAUCUACAACAUUUAUGGUAUCACUGAAGUCUCAGCAUGGGCCAGUAUUCAUCAGGUAAUACCUUCCAAAGAAGCACAUAUUCUUGACCCCACUGAAGACAAAACUUCUGUACCUCUUGGCAAGCCAUUGUCAGAAACACUGUUUGAAGUUAGAGAUGUCUUAACUGGCCUUGCCAUUGACAGCGGGUGCGGAGAAAUGUUUAUUGGCAGCUCUAAAAGGAUCUGUGAAAUUGACGAUGAAAAUUGUUUAGAUUAUUCCUAUCCUGUGUACCGUGGUACAGGUGAUAUUGUGCAGGUUCAUUCCAAUAAAAAAAUGUAUUACCUAGGUAGAAAAGACAAUCAUAUAAAGAGAUGGGGACAUCGUAUUAAUCUAGAAAAUGUAGAGCAUAUUGCCCUAAACCACGCUUCCGUAAAGUAUGCCUGCAGUGUGUGGGAUGAGGAAAGACACAAACUCUUGCUAAUGGUAUGCUUAAGAGAACCUUUGCCAAUUUUAACUUUGAGAAGGCACUUUUUGACUAGCGAGUUGUCUCAAAGUUUUCUGGUACCAGAUGAAAUAAUCCCUGUUGAGGAAAUGCCACUGACAGUACAUGGGAAAGUGAAUCGUCAGUCUGCUGCUCUUGCAUCAACCAACCAAAAACCACCUGCGUCUAAACUUCUAGUCAAAGAACUAUUUACAAAGCUGUGGUGUGAAGUGCUGGGGCUGCAGUCUCUGGAAGGAGGUUCUUUCCUGUUAGCUGGAGGAAACUCACUUUUAGCUGUGAUAUUGAUGACAGAGUUGGAGGAAUACCUUGGAGAAAUUCCAAAAGAUCUUGGCGACUUACUCCUUUCUGGCAACAGUUUUUCCUUUAUCUGUGAACAUUUGUGCCAGUUUCACCAUACGAAUACCAAGACCUGCAACCAGCCAUUUGAGAAGGAAGGAGAUGAAACCACUCUCAAAGUGGACGAAAUGGCUGAGCUUGAAGACACCAAACAAGAACCACAGUAUGCUGAUGAACUUGAAUCAUUCAGUCUUAGAGGAACAUCAUCCAGCGAGAGCAUGUCAGUGUUUGACAUACCCCAAUCUGUCUUGCGGACAAUACAAUUAGAUCUUGUGUGGAAAGUUGACCUCAACAAGUGCAUAGACGCCUCACCUUUAUGCUUAAUUUAUAGAAGCGGCCAUAUUGGUGUUGUGGUUGGGUCUCAUUCUGGAAAGCUGACUUAUGUGGAUGGGAAAGAAGGGGAUGUCCGAUGGAUGGUCACAUUACCAGAUCGUAUUGAAUCUUCAGCUUGCCCAUCUGUCUGUGGCCAGUUCAUUUUUGUGGGGUGCUAUGAUGGGGCCCUCUACUGCAUCAAUUCAGUGAGUGGGAAAAUAAACUGGUCUUUCAAAACUGGGGGGGAAGUUAAAUGCCCCCCCGCUCUUUGCAAUGGAGGCAGCAGUGUACUAUUUGGCUCAUAUGACAAACUUGUAUACUGUGUUAAUGCUCAACAAGGUUUAUUGGAGUGGUAUGCAUCACUGGCCAGUUCUGCUGAUUGCAAAGGAAACUGGUUGGCUGCCCCACUCAUUCUUGGAAAAAUAGCCAUUCUGUGCAAUUUAGGAAAGCUAGUAUCUGCUGUACACACUAUGGAUGGAAAAGUAAUAUGGUCAACUAGUUUGAGCAAUCCUGUAUUUUCAACGCCAUCACAUUUUUCUACCUCUUUGGGAGAUUAUGUGGUUGCUGCAGAAGUGAAAGGGACCCUGCAUUGCCUCAAUGUCGCUACUGGGGAAGUGGUGUGGACUUGGAAAGCUGGUGGAUUUAUAUUUGCUCCAUUGGUAAUUGUUCCUGACUUUUCAUGUACUGAUACCCACUACAUUUUAGUGGGUUGUUAUGAUUUCUGUCUAUACUGUUUAUUUAUUAACCCACAAAAUGAAAUUUCACUGAAAUGGAAAAUAUCUUUAGGUGCCAGAAUAGGUGCAGCGCCUUUCCCGUUUAAUAUUAGAACUUGUGAUGGCGUCAAUAAUUUAUGUGCAACAGUUUGCAACUCCGCAGGAGAAGUUUUUAUUGUAAAUCUUAAUGACGGUGGUAUACAUUGCUACCACAAUAUUGAUUCUGAAGUGUUUUCAUCGCCUGUUGUAUACAAUGACAAAAUUUAUUUCGGAUGUAGAGAUAACUCAAUGUAUUGUUUGAGAAUGCAAAGUUAAGAUUCUGACGUAAUUUAAUGAGCCGUAAUAUAAGAGUUUACAUGCAACAGACCCUUGAUAGUCCUUUAAAAUUAAUUAAGAAAAAGAAACACAGCCAAGCAUAAAGGUGAAGAGGGGAAAGAUUUGUUUCCUUUAGAAAAUAAGAGAAACAGUUGGAACUUCAAUCAAAAACAGAGCUAUUAUAAUAGAACAAUUAUCAAUCUUCCUGCCACUGCAUAAAAUUAUAAAUAUAAAUUGUAUGGACAA